AUGAAAAUGAUCUCACAGAUAAAACCUAACACUAAACUGUUCAAAGGAGAAAUAUUAGGCACUGCUACACAGAAAAACUGCAGCACACGCUUCGAUAAUGUCAAUCAGAAUCAUAAUGGAUCAUAUUUCUUCAGACUUGAAGAUGAUAAAGUGAAAUAUAACUUCAUAAAUAAUCCACUCUUACAAAUUGUCGUCUCAGGAUCUCCACCCAAACCCACAUUGAGUGUCUUUAAGGAUCAGCAGGAGGUGAUGAAGAUGGAGGAGGUGAUGGAGGAAAGUUCAUUGAGUCUGCGCUGCUCUACUAAGAUCUUCUGUCCGUCUCGUCCUCCAUCUCUCACGUGGACCUCGUCUCUCAAUGAGAACAUCACAGGACAGCAGUAUCAGAGCCAAUCAGAGCUCGUCUCUGAUCUGAACUUCACUGUUUCUCACCGUCUUCACAAAGUCACUUUCACCUGCACCGCAACACACCAGCUACAGAGGAAUAUAACAACACAGCGCUCCCGUAUGAUACGAGUUCAGUAUGCUCCUACAAACACAUCAGUGAGGAUAAACCCAGCUGGUUUAGUUCUGGAGGGUCGUUCAGUGACUCUGAUCUGCAGCAGUGAUGCAAACCCAGCAGUGAACUACACCUGGUACAGAGACCCUGAAGAACUCCUGAAUCCAGUUCAGACCGGACCAAACCUGACCCUCAACAACCCUGACCCUACAGACAGAGGACUAUACUACUGUAGAGCUGACAACAAACACGGAUCUCACAACACAUCAGUGCUGCUGGACGUCCAGUUUGCGCCCAAAGUCAACAGCUCUUGUAGCAGAAACAGUGUAAUGUCGUGUGUCUGUGAGGCUCAUGGGAAUCCCUGCCCUACACUAGAGUGGCGUCUGUCUGGACAUGCGCUCACUAACUCUACAGAAACACCCAUCAGUGAGGAGAAGUUAGGAAGCACAGGAGUGAAGAGCGUCCUGACCCUCCGUCAGUCCCUCUCAGACACAGACGUCCUGCAGUGUUUCAGCUCAAACGUUUACGGCAGCGCAAGUCAACAGUUUCAGCCCAUCUCAUCAACACAAGAGACCAGUCUCCACUUCCCAUCAGCGCUGCUCGGAGCGGCUGUUAGUGCAUCACUGAUGAUGAUUCUGUGCAUCGUCAAGCUCUACUCUGAACGGUGGGUACAAACAAAGCCGUUGCUCUGGAUCAUGACAUUCAGUUUGUUCACGCCGAUAACGGCAUGCUGUCAUCCACACCAACAGAGUGAACCACAAUCUCUUCAUUAUUCCUCCAUCGAUUUCUCAAACACUGAAGCGCCGUCAGGAGAGAUCAGGGGCAUGGCCUCGCUGACCAGUGAAUACGCUACGAUCAGACACCGUCCUGAAGAAGCUGCAGACCCAGAGAACACCACAGAGCCCAAACAAGAAGAAGACAUGACAGCAGAGAUCACAGACACUUCUUCACCGGCAUCAGAAGACGUGAUUUAUGGAAACAUAAUCAAAUCAAAAACAAAUAUUAUCUGA